UGGCGGGAUGACAGGGACGCUCACAUGAAGUGUCAGUCAUCUGAUCUCCAUGGAAACAGAUACAGGCGCGUAACCAGUGAGAGCGUGCAGUUCCAGAGCGCGGUAGUUCAGCGAGUGGAUUUAUUAACGCCGUCUCAAUCUCGUCGACUUCCUCCAGAGUUGACAUAUGAGUGGAAAAACCAUCCACUUAUGUAAUCACGCCAAUAUGUUCACUGUGGACUAUUAUUGACUUUCGUACUGUUUGAUCGACCAUGUCCACACAAGAAACAGAAUUUUCAGAUUGCCAGGAAAGGGUUGGUUUGAAGAGAAAAUUGACAGGUCCACCAAGACUUCUGCUGGGAAAGUCCAACAAAUCCAAAGAGAAGGCAGAUUCUCAGAGAAGGCAAAGGCGAGAUAAAUGCUGUGAAGACAUGUCAGAUAAUAUUUCAAAACAACAAGAAUUGUCCCACAUUACCCAUAACAGCCCACAAAAAACCCCAGAGUUGGAGGAACCAGAGCCUGAUGCUCAAGGAGACACCUCAGGAAUUCUUGUAACAUUGGAGGAAAAUCAAGGCAAAGAAGAAAACUUGGAUAAUAAAGCCGGAAUGACUAGAAGCACCUCAAAGACAGCCAUUAAAAGGACAUUGUCUUCACUGCUCUGUAGUGGCAGGGGGAGGAAAGAAUCAGAUUGUGAUGGACAUGCUGAGGACAGAACGGAAAACAGGAGUCCACAAGAAUCAAAUAAAAAUAAAAACAAAGCUCCUAAAGAAACUAACUCACCGUAUGAAAAUAAACAAUGUGAUGGGAACAAUAAAACAAUCAGUCGUGAAAAAGGCAAAAGGAAUUUUUUCUUUAUGUUAUGGCCCAUUUCGAAGAAAUCCUCAAAUAUCAGUGAAGGGAGACAGAGUAGAGAGCAAUGUGGUAGCGUGGUCCUUCAGGAGACACAACCAAAAGCUCCUUUCAAAAAAAUGUACCGCAUGUUUCCAAGAAGAAAGAAAGCACAGCCUCCUAUUGAUCAGCAUGAAUGUGAUGUAUCUACAACAGCACACAAUGAAGUAGCAGGUGACCAACGAAGUACAGCUAACAUGGAGAUUCCCAGCACCCACAAACAAGAGCACCAAGAGAAAGAACAAAAAAAUGAGGAAAGCACACCAGAGACACUUACAAUCAGUGCAGAGGUGAGCAUUAACACAAAUAUUGAAUCUGGCCACAUUGAUGAUGAGUCGGAUAUCUGUCCUGACCCAAAUGUAGGUCAAAUUAAAAAUGAAGAUAAACACCCCGAGCCAACAAAUGACAUUUUACAAACUAGUGAGUUGUUGGAUUCAUCUUGCAGCUUUGACUGUGCACAACCAGACAGAAGUAUAGGUGAUGUGCUAGAGUUAAAUGAUGUUAACCAGGAAGAGUGUGGUAAAAAUGAUUUUAAAUGCAAACCAGUGAUCACUAUAGAGCGUGUGUAUACUCCAGAGGAAGAGAACCAGGAAGACAAUGUCAAUCAGUCACGGUUUGAUUUUCUCUCAAUGAAUGGGUCCUGGCAACAUUUAAAAAUAAACCACUUCACAAACAACACACUACAUCCUUCUGACCCGAGUGUGUCCCCUGAACCGGACCACAGCCGAUGUAAUGAGACUUUACUGAUUCAGACGGCAAUUUCAAUGGUUCAGGCAGCCAUCCGUGGCGCAGUGGAACAGUUUGCAAAUGAGCAGCAGCAUAAUCAGAUAAGUUUGGACCGUGCGUAAGCACAGAUUUACAGACAUUCACGCAUUCACAUACUUUAUUUAGCAGGGGAUUUCCUAUUGUUUUUAUUGUGUGGAUGUUAUUAUUAUAUAAAAACUGUAUGUAACGGAUGUAGGGACAUAAUAUUAUGUGAUUACAUUUCAAAUGUGUCUGUGUAUAAAUAAUAUUUGUAAUGAUUCAAUCAUUGAAGUCAGAUUGUGGGAUUUUACUGUAUAUUUUAUAGUUGCUGUUUGUAAUUUAUCAUGCAUGACUUAAUCUUUCAUCUUACAAUGAUAUCAUAAUUAAAUCCCCAUAUGCUCAUUAUUAUUUAUAUAUAUUUAACAUUUGUUCAAUAGUAAAAUUACUGUUUAUAUGCCUUUACCUUCUACUGUUCAUAUUUUUAAACUGCAUAAUUUUUCAUUUCACUGCAAUGCCAGGCCAGUUUCUAUAGCAAUGAAUAUCCCACACAUGACUACAAGAAGGCAUUGAGCCACAUGCUUAGGAUAUUUUUCCAUCUGUAAAAGAAUCUGUUGAUAUAUUGUGUAAAACUGUUGUGAACACUGCCUCCCAUUGACAUUAACUCAACGUUUUUAUGAAAAUGUGUGGUUUGAAAUCCCAGGUGUGUGCAUCAGAUUAUAUUUCAUAUUUAAAUAACCAUGACUGAAACCUACACUAAACUUAUUAUACAUUGUUAACUCACUAUCUACUGUAAAACAAGCAGAGUUGGGGGCAUGGGGCGGUAAAGCACGGACAGGGAUUAGACUAGUACCAUACUUAAAU